AUGCGUUCACUCGUUGCAUACACUCUUUUGUCUUCGGCCACUCUCGCUGUUGCUGUUGACCCUCGCUUCGAGUAUCCAGACACAGUCCCUCUUGUCAAGCGUCAACAGCCCGGUACUCCUCAGUAUGCCUGUCACGAGGAUUGCGGUCUUCUCAUCACCCUGGCUCGUGAAAACAAAGACUUUUGCGACAGCCAAGAGUGGAAUGAGCACUAUGAUAAAUGCAUCGAAUGUGCAGAGACCUACGGUAUCUGGAAGUACUACGGAAGUGGUGUGAGCAAGGUCGCCGGACAGUGUGACCUCUCUCCUACUCCCAGUCCCUCUGGUGCUGCGACCGAGGAGACUACUACUGCUAGCAGCGAUGGGCCCGGAACAACAGUUUCUGUAAAGACCACUACGGAAGCACCGACUACUGUUGUCUCGACCACUAGCGCAAUCGAGUCUACCAUUAUCGCGACUCCUUCAGCCAUGACGACAACAGAUGUUUCCUCUGUCAAUACGGCAACCUCAACCCCCGAGCCUUCUAGUGUUGCCGUCAACAGCGCUGCUAAGCACUUCGAGCUCACCCCCGCUAUUGUCUUUGUGGCGUUCGCUAUCUUUAACCUCUACUAG